CUGAUAUCAAAACCGGUUCGACUGGUACACAGCAACUAUGAUAUGUUCGGUUUAGUCGACGUUAAUUCGGAUUUUGCCGAACGAACACAAACGAAUCAACCGAUACGGGACGAUCGAUCCUAAGGAUUCGAGAGUAGAAGUCAGGAUGAUGGAUGCGAAUCAGGUAGCUGAGCUGCGGAGAUUCGUCGAACAGUUGAAAUCGAAUCCUUCGAUUCUUCACGAUCCUUCUCUGGUCUUCUUCAAGGAAUAUCUCCGAAGUUUAGGGGCUCAUGUUCCUAAGAUAGAGAGAACUGAAAAAGAUAAUGAAGAUAAAGCUGAGACAAAACCCAGUUUCUCUCCUGAGCAUGAUGAUGAAAUUGUCGAGUCAGAUGUUGAACUGGACAAUUCUGAUGUAGUUGAACCAGACAAUGAUCCUCCUCAGCCGAUGGGAGAUCCUACAGCUGAAGUGACGGAUGAAAGUAGGGAUGCUGCUCAGUCAGAGAAGAGCAAAGCCAUGGAAGCAAUCUCUGAAGGAAAGUUCGACGAAGCUAUACAUCAUUUAACAAAAGCCAUCAUGCUAAACCCCACUUCAGCAAUUCUCUACGCCACCAGAGCUACUGUGUUUCUAAUUGUUAAAAAGCCUAAUGCUGCAAUCCGGGACGCAAACGUGGCUUUACAGUUCAACCCUGAUUCAGCCAAGGGGUACAAAGCACGUGGUAUGGCUAUGGCCAUGUUAGGCCAAUGGGAAGAAGCUGCGGCUGAUAUUCAUGUAGCAUCAAAGUUAGAUUACGAUGAAGAGAUUGGGUCGGCGCUUAAGACGGUUGAACCCAAUGCAAAGAAAAUCGAAGAACACCGUAAGAAAUAUCAACGUCUGAGGAAAGAAAAAGAACUCCAAAUUGCUGAACGCAAGAGACGAGAACAGCAAGAAGCCCAGGAGCGAGAAGCUCUGGCUGCACUCAAAGACGGACAAGUGAUUAGCAUCCACUCGACAAGUGAGCUAGAAGCAAAGUCAAAGGCCGCAAAGAAGGCAUCGCGUCUGCUCAUCCUAUACUUCACAGCGACAUGGUGUGGACCGUGCCGUUACAUGUCUCCUCUGUUCUCAAACCUGGCCACGCAGCAUCCGAGAGUUGUCUUCUUGAAAGUUGACAUAGAUGAGGCCAACGAAGUGGCUGCUUCUUGGAACAUUAGCAGCGUACCGACCUUUUGCUUCAUCAGAGAUGGCAAACAGGUGGACAAAGUUGUCGGAGCUGAUAAAGGCUCGCUUGAGCAGAAGAUUGCUCAACACUCUUCUUCUAAGUAAUGGUAUGGCUCGUUCGUUUCUCUCUUCUCCCAUUGCUCUCAUGGAGACUUCGCACUGUAUCUUUACAACACAACUGUUGUCCCAUAGUUUUAAUAAAAAAAUUGUGAUGUACAAUCUUUUCAAGUCUUUGUACCCUUUUAGUUCCAUUGGCAUUGUGUUCGUUCAGAAUUACGUUAUGUGUCACCAAAUUGAAAACAUCUUUAAUUAAAUACGAUGAUGAUUUGGGUUUUAGUUAUUCAAAAGGGCUUUAGGCCCAAUAAACGAGAGUGAUUUCUUCAGAUUUUCAGGAGUCAGCGGAGAAAGAAGGGUCAAAUAAACUUGAUGGAUGGGAAUGUAAGGCGGUUACCACCGUGGAUGCUCGCCGGCGCGUCCUCCGGUGUAACAGCUACAAGCAAUCGAACAGACAACAAAACUGUCGAGGGCAAAAGAAAACAUGAACCAGAAGCUUCCAAGGCAAAGGCCGAGAAACGACCGAGAAGAACCGUAAAAAUCGGAAAGAGAGAUGGUUCUGACGAACCCAAAAAGGUGGGAAUCAAGAGCAGAGGAGAAGAACAAUUUCGUAGCAAAAUCGGGGAAGAAGAAGCUAAGCCUAGUAUUGUUGAUGGCAAGAAUCCGGAGAUUAUUCAAUCCGUAACUGGUCGAGAAGAUGAGGAUCUCACAGUUGAUGAUUUAUUAAGCUUUGCUCAAGAGUAUGUCAAAGGUGAAGAAGACCAGACGAGGAAAAGCUUGUCAAUAUCUGAAUCAGAUAUGGAUGAACCAGAUAUGACAUCAUCUCAAAGAGAAGAACCAAAUGGAACCAGAGAUCAAACAGCAGCGGACAUGUUAGAUUUGAUACUGGGUCCUUUUUUCAAGACAUCUCAACAGUAACGAUGAUGAUUUUAACAUGGAUCGAUUUAGAUGGAACUGGAUCAGAUUUAUCACUUCUACAUAUUUCUUCUAAAGUUCUUUGGGAUUUUCGUUUUUUUUCCGGUUCAUAUAUAAUCAAGUUUCGUUUUGCUUUUUCUAUAAAACUAUUAUGAAAGAGAGACCAAAAAGUAUUGACGAGGAAUAUAAUGUACGAGCAACUGAGUUCAUAAGCCAAUGGAAAACGGCAAACGAAAGCAUUAGUGCUCCUGAAAAUAAAAU